GUGUGGUUAACCGAUAUCACGAAUAUUAAUAGGGAAAAUAAGAUCAGACUCCCGAUUGGCCGCCGCCGGAAUUAGUCACGUGACAAAGCAUUUAAAAGAACACGCACGACAAUCACUGCCCAAAAACUUUGUGAACGCAAUCGAGUCUGCAUCCCCGAACACCAUGAAGACCGUGGCUCUGUUUCUGCUUCUGGCUGGACUUCUGGAGCAUUCACGAGGCUGGGAGAACAGCUUCGACGGACCCCUGGACUUUAGCUGUCCUGCGGGCCACUCGAUCUCCUCCGUAACCAGUGAAAACAGCAAUUACCACGAGGACCGGCGCUGGGAGUUUGGCUGCCAGGCCACCUUCGGUCAGAGCGGAGAGUGUUACUGGACGAAUUACGUCAAUGACUUCGACCAACCGCUGCUCUUCGAGUGUCCGGCUGGAUUCGUGAUGGCGGGAACGAGCAGCUACCACAACAACAACUACGAGGACAGACGCUGGCGGUUCUACUGCUGUAAAAGCCCGUGUGUGACUACGAACUGCGACUGGACCUCGUACGUGAACGCCUUCGAUGAGUUCUUCACCUGGACCGUGCCUUCCAGGAACGUUCUGGUGGGAGCUCAGAGCUACCAUCAAAAUCACGAAGAAGAUCGCCGGUGGAGGUACAAGGUCUGUGUCCAGUACAGAUGCUGAUCCUGAGAUUGUCUCACGGGGAAUAUUCUCUGAAAUAAACGCAAACUAAAAAAGCA